AUGAGCCGGAAGCUCGCCCCCGAAGCAAAUCGCUACAACGUAACCGCAGAGCAGCUUUUUGACUUGUUUGGGAAAUUUGGACCCAUUCGACAAAUUCGUCAGGGUAUCGCCAACAACUCCAAGGGCACGGCAUUUGUGGUCUACGAAGACGUACACGACGCCAAGCAGGCAUGCGAUAAGCUCAAUGGCUUCAACUUCCAGAGCAGAUACUUGGUCGUAUUAUACCACCAGCCCGAGAAGAUGGUCCGUUCCAAGGAGGAUAUCCAAGAACGACAGGAAAACUUGGAACGACUCAAACAGCAACACGGGAUAGAGUGA